GUCUUGUGUUUGUAUCAGGAGACGUCCUGAACAUCGACCCGUUGACCUUCUACUCUCACCUGUACAGGAUGCUGCCGCGGCUGCACGCAGGGGCACCCAACGAUGACAUCAUCAUCGUGCUGCGCUGCCUGGACGCCAUGCUGACGCGGCGCAGGAAGCAGGUGACGCUGCAGCGCGCCAUGGCCUUCGUCAAGCGUCUGAGCACGCUCAGUCUGCACGUCCUGCCCAACGCCGCCGUGGGCGUGCUCGCCGCCAGCAGGGCCACCGUGCACUCCUUCCCCAGGUGUGACCUCCUCCUGGAUAACGAGGUCCAGGGUUCAGGUGUCUACCUGCCGGAGCUCGAUGAGCCUGAACACUGCAACUCCCAGAAUACAGCACUGUGGGAGCUGCACAUCCUGCAGAGACAUUACCACCCGGUGGUGCGGCGCUUGGCGUCCCAUCUGAGUCACGGAGCUCCCAGCGAAGGAUCGGCAGCGCUGGACGCCGCUAUGAGCCGCAAGUACGUCCAACGUCCUCUAACGUCCUCCUUACGUCCUCUAAUGUCCUCCUAUGUCCUCUAA